CGGUUGUUAAUUUAGGUUCUGAAGAUAACGAAGAAUCGUCGACCACGUUUACAAGUCACGAAAGUGUUCGAGAGAUGUCUGAUACAGAAGAAUUCGUAGAACCAAGUAAUCCUGUGGUGCUAAUUUCGGCACCUACGCAACCAAUUGACUUUCAAAAUCGUGAACAUACACAAAGACAAUGUAGUAUUUGUCAUAGAAAGGGGCAUAAUUCCCGAACUUGUCAAAAUAAGAUUUAG